AUGGAGGUGGCUGAGGCAGAGAGUUGUCUGAAUCCCAGCUGUAAGAUUAUGACCCUCAGACCUUCCAUGGAGGAGUUCCAGGAGUUCAACAAAUACUUCGCAUACAUGGAGUCUAAAGGAGCCCACUGUGCCGGUCUUGCAAAGGUGAUUCCUCCUAAGGAAUGGAAGCCAAGGCAGUGCUAUGAUGACACUGAUAAUUUGCUCAUCCCAGCACCCAUUCAGCAGAUGGUCACAGGGCAGUCAGGACUGUCCACUCAAUACCACAUCCAGGAAAAAGCCAUGACAGUGAAGGAGUUCAGGCACCUGGCCAACAGUGGCAAAUACUGUACUCCAAGAUACUUGGAUUAUGAAGAUUUAGAGCGCAAGUACUGGAAUAACUUAACUUUUGUGACACUCAUCUAUGGCGCAGACAUUAAUGGGAGCAUAUAUGACGAGGGUGUGGAUGAAUGGAACAUAGCUUGCCUAAAUACGGUCUUGGAUGUGGUUGAGGAAGAGUGCAGUAUUUCUACUGAGGGUGUAAACACCCCAUAUCUCUAUUUUGGCAUGUGGAAAACCACUCUUGCCUGGCACAUCGAGGAUAUGGACAUCUACAGCAUUAAUUAUCUCCACUUUGGAGAGCCCAAGUCUUGGUAUGCAGUACCCCCGGAGCAUGGGCAACAACUUGAAAGGCUAGCUCAAGGUUUUUUCCCAAGCAGUUCUCAAGGGUGUGAUGUAUUCCUUCGCCACAAGAUGACACUGAUAUCUCCCUCAGUGUUGAAGAAGUAUGGUAUUCCCUUUGACAAGAUCACUCAGGAGGCUGGAGAAUUUAUGAUCAUUUUCCCAUAUGGGUACCAUUCUGGUUUUAAUCACGGUUUCAACUGUGCAGAAUCUACAAAUUUUGCUAUUAUCAGAUGAAUUGACUAUGGGAAGGUUGCUAAAUUGAGAGAGAGAAAAGAGGGAGAGAAACAGCAAUAUGCAAAAGAUACAUGGAUCUUGUCUUUGGUUUUGGUGUUUGAUAAUACUGGCCUAGACCUGGAACUAUAG